AUGAUUGACGAUCAAAAUGAUGAAGGAGACAGUUCUACUGCUAGUACAUUAACAACAUCAAAGUCGUUGAGCAAAAAAUCAAAGAAAAAAUCGACUGCUGCUACAACAACAACAACCAAUGUCCCUGAUGGAAAUAGUAUACAUGACGAGAGCAACAGUCAAAAACUUACAGAGAAAUCAAUGCGAAAUUUAGUGAAACAAAUGACACUUACCGAACAAGCUGCUGUUCAUAAUAAUAAUGAAAAUGGACCGAAAUAUGACGAAAAGUCAGCAUCAAAACAAGAAUGGAAAUUUUGGCAAACACAACCUGUACCGACAAUUGGUACAAAAAUUGACACAACCAAUAUUGGACCUAUUGAAUCAAAUAAAUCAUUAGAUGAAAUACGACAAGAACCAUAUGAAUUACCUAAUGGUUUUUUCUGGGAUGAUAUUGAUAUUCAUGUUGAUGAACAAUUACAGGAAUUGUGUACGUUCUUAGACGAACACUAUAUUGAAGAUGAUGGUAAUAAUUUUCGAUUGAAGUAUUCCAUGUCAUUUUUACGCUGGGCUUUAUGUGUGCCAGAUUGGCUUAAAAAAUUCCAUGUGGGAGUUCGUGUAACGAAAAGUAGUAAACUGGUUGGUUUUAUCAGUGCUGUCCCAAUUCGAAUAAGAGUCUAUGAUAAGGAAUUAUCAAUGGUAGAUAUAAACUUUUUAUGUGUUCACAAAAAAUUACGACUUAAACGCUUAUCACCCGUACUUAUUAAAGAGAUAACACGUCGUGGGCAUUUGGAAAAAUAUUUUCAAGCAGUAUACACAGCCGCUCCUUUCCUACCUGGUCUUGCAUGCAAAGCUAGAUAUUGGCAUCGAUUGCUCAAUGUCAAAAAAUUGUUGGCCAUCAAAUUUGCCUUUUUAGGACGAAAUGUGACAAUGCAACGAAUGCAAAAACUCUAUCGGUUACCUGAGACGACACAAGUGGCAGGCUUUCGUGAAAUGCGCGAUGCUGAUAUACCUCAAGCUUGGAAAAUACUCACUCAGUAUCUGACAAAAUUCGACCUGGCGCCGGUAUUUUCCCUUGAUGAAUUUGAAUAUUUAUGUAAAAAUCGGUCAAGCAUUGUGAGCGCAUUUGUUGUUGAAAGUGAUCAAGGUGAAAUAACCGAUUUUAUAUCGUACUAUCAUUUACCAUCAACAAUUAUAAACCAUCCAGAAUACAAGACAUUGAAUGCAUGCUACAUGUAUUAUUAUGCUGCCAGUCGAACACCAUUGACUGAUCUCGUCAAUGAUUGUCUUAUACAAGCACAUAAUAGUGGUUUCGAUGUAUUCAAUGCACUCGAUAUAAUGAAUAAUAAGGAGUUUUUGAAAAAACUUAAAUUUGGUGAUGGUGAUGGUAAUCUACAAUAUUAUGUGUACAAUUGGAAAUGCCCAUUGAUGCCUCCCGAAAACAUGUCAUUUUUUAAAAAGAAAUCAACAACUAACGAAGAUAUUGCAAGUGGUGGUGGUGGUGAUUCUUCAAUGUUUGGUUUAACACGUGAUCAAAUAAAAGAAUUGAUGGAAUUACAUGAUAAAACUAAAGGACUUGAUUCAAAUAAUCAAGAAGAUUUUGAACAACAUCAUAUAGCUUAUGGAAAAAAUCAGAUUCCACGAAAACCAAUAUCAUAUUUACCAUUUACCAGUGAAUUGAAAACAGAACAUGAGUUUCGUCAUCCAUUGUUGUUAGGUGAUGUUUUACCAGCUGAUGGUUUAAUUGUUGAAGUAAAUGAUCUUGGAGUUGAUGCAUCUUCUAUAACAAAUUUAACAUUUUCUGUAUAG